CUUGGCCGACGUUUGAGCACCUCAGUGCCAUUGAUAGAUCUGACCGCUUGGAGGCGCCCGGCUCAUACUCUGAAUCCCGCGGAGGGCGAAGUGGAGGCUGGAACUGAAAGUGGGCUUGAGAAAGAAAUCUCUCCCCUGAAAUGUUUACCCUGACGUCAGUUUGCAGAACUAGCUCUGCCCUGUCUCCUUCACUGUCUCCGAAACUCCACUCAGUCAGAUUUUUUGGGGGGGACUAAAUGGGCUCCGCUCUGCCUGCGCUGCCGGAUCGCACCAAGUAAAUGAAAUGAUUUCUUCUGCACAUUUAAAGUGGACUAAAUCAUCUACACGAUGAACACCUGCGCCUUUCUCUUGAUUUUGACUGUUCAGAUCUACGCCGAUGGCAUCGAGGGGCCAACAGCUGCUGGCUGCACGUUCGAAGAGGAUUCAGACCCUAAUCUGUGUGACUUCACCCAAGGAGAGGAGGAUGACUUUGACUGGCUGUUGUUUAGGACACAGAGUUCACCUUCUGCCAACUCUGACCUGCUGAAGGGGUCCUAUAUGCUGGUGAACUCCUCCCAGCAUGCCGUGGGUCAUCGUGCUCAGCUGCUGCUUCAGACACUGAGUGAAAAUGACACGCACUGCGUCCAGUUCAGCUACUUCCUGUAUAGCCGUGAUGGCCACAGUCCCGGGGCUCUACGGGCAUACGUGCGUGUCAACGGCGGCCCGCUCGGCAGUCCAGUGUGGAACACGUCGGGGUCUCAUGGCAAACAGUGGCAUCAGGUUGAGCUGGCUGUCAGCACCUUCUGGCCGAACGAAUACCAGGUGCUGAUUGAGGCAACGGUUUCGAGGGAGCGGCGAGGCUACAUUGCCAUAGAUGACAUCAUGGUGCUCAACUAUCCUUGCUAUAAGGCGCCACACUUCUCCAGGCUAGGAGAUGAGGAGGUCAAUGCUGGGCAAAAUGCCACUUUCCAGUGUGUUGCUGCUGGAAGGGCAUCAGAGGCUGAGAAGUUCCUGUUGGAGAGACACAAUGGGGACAUUUUAACAAUGGCGUCAGUCAAGCACCUGAGCCAUCGGCGCUUUGUGGUGUCCUUCCAGCUCGACAGCGUACAGCGAACUGAUCAAGACCUUUACCGCUGCGUCACUCAGUCCCCCAGAGGCUCCGGAGUCUCAAACUUUGCUGAACUCGUUGUCAAAGUACCCCCAUCCCCCAUUGCACCGCCUCAGCUUCUGCGUGCCGGCUCCACUUACCUGAUCAUCCAGCUCAACACCAACUCUAUCCUGGGAGAUGGCCCUAUUAUCAGGAAGGAGAUUGAGUACCGUGCCAGCCAGUCUCCAUGGUCAGAGGUGCACGGAGUCAACAUGGUCACCUAUAAGCUGUGGCACCUGGAUCCAGACACAGAGUACCACAUCAGCGUGCUGCUGACUCGACCGGGAGAGGGCGGAACCGGCCCUCCGGGACCUCCUCUCGUGAGCAGGACCAAGUGUGCAGAGCCCAUGCGUGCAUUACGGGGACUCGCCGCCACAGAUAUCCAGCCCAGGCAGUUGUCCCUGCAGUGGGAGAAUUUGGCGUUCAACCUGACACGCUGCCACACCUACUCAGUGUCCCUGUGCUACCGCUACACCAUGGCGGGAGGAGGCGGCGGCCACAACACCACCGUACGCGAGUGCCUUGCAGUGGAACACAAUGCCUCACGCUUCACGCUGCGUGAUCUGCCACCCUACCAUGCCAUCCAUGUCCGUCUGUCACUGGCAAAUCCAGAGGGGAAGAAAGAGGGCAGAGAGGUCACCUUUCAGACGGAGGAGGACAUUCCCGGAGGCAUCGCACCGGAGUCACUCACCUUCACCCCAUUGGAUGACAUGAUCUUCCUGAAGUGGGAGGAGCCUGUUGAGCCCAAUGGACUUAUUACCCAGUAUGAGAUCAGCUACCAGAGUAUCGAGUCAUCUGAUCCGAGCAUCAACGUCCCAGGACCCAGGAGAACCGUGUCAAAGCUCAAGAACGAAACCUACCACAUGUUCUCCAACCUCCACCCUGGAACAACUUACCUAAUCUCCGUCCGAGCACGUACGGCCAAGGGCUUUGGCCAGACGGCCCUCACUGAGAUCACCACUAACAUCUCUGCUCCCACCUUUGAUUACGGAGACAUGCCGUCUCCGCUGAGUGAGACAGAGAGCACAAUUACUGUCCUGCUGCGCCCCGCCCAAGGCAGAGGAGCACCUGUUAGCACAUACCAGGUAGUGGUCGAGGAAGAAACUGGGAAGAAAGUGAAACGGGAACUGGGGGUGCAGGAAUGCUUUCCGUUGCCCAUGUCACACGGGGAGGCCCAGGCCCGAGGGACGCCUCACUACUACACAGCCGAGCUGCCGCCCAGCAGUCUGCCAGAGGCCAGUCCCUUUACUGUGGGUGACAAUCACACGUAUAAUGGCUACUGGAAUAGCCCUUUGGACCCCCGCAAAAGCUACCUUGUCUACUUCCAGGCUAUGAGCAACUUCAGAGGGGAAUCUAGAAUAAACUGCAUCCGCAUUGCUCGCAAAGCGGCCUGUAAAGAUCAUCGCAAGGCUUUGGAGGUGUCGCAGCACUCCGAGGAGAUGGGGCUGAUCCUCGGUGUGUGCGCCGGAGGCUUGGUAGUGCUCAUCCUCCUGCUGGGCGCCGUCAUCGUCAUCAUCAAGAAAGGAAGGGACUACUACUCUUAUUAUCCGAAACCGGGGAACAUGAAUAAGACGCCAAUUACCUACCGCCAGGAGAAGAGCCAUAUGGGCUCAAUGGAGCGCAGUUUCACAGACCAGAGCACCCUGCAGGAGGAUGAAAGAAUGGCUCUUUCCUUCAUGGAUUCACACACUUGCGGCACACGAAGUGAUGCUCGAAGUUCAGUGAACGAGGCCAGCAGCCUGCUGGGAGGCUCCCCGAGGCACCAGUGUGGACGUAAAGGUUCCCCCUACCACACGGGACAGCUCCACCCUGCCGUCAGAGUGGCCGACCUCCUCCAGCACAUUAACCAGAUGAAGACCGCCGAGGGCUACGGCUUUAAACAGGAAUACGAGAGCUUCUUUGAUGGCUGGGACUGCACAAAGAAGAAAGACAAAACAAAAGGGAGGCAUGACACCUUGCUGGGAUAUGAUCGACACAGAGUGAAGCUCCACCCUCUGUUGGGAGACCCCAACUCAGACUACAUUAAUGCAAACUACAUUGACGGCUACCAUCGAUCCAACCACUUCAUCGCCACUCAGGGUCCUAAGCAGGAGACUCUCUAUGAUUUUUGGAGGAUGGUGUGGCAGGAAAAUUGCUUCAGCAUCGUCAUGAUCACUAAGCUGGUGGAGGUUGGCAGGGUGAAAUGCUGCAAAUAUUGGCCAGAGGACACCGAGAUGUAUGGUGACAUCAAAAUCACUCUACUUAAGACAGAGACACUCGCUGAAUACACAGUUCGCACCUUUGCUGUGGAGAGGAGAGGAUACUCGACCAAGCACGAGGUACGUCAGUUCCACUUCACAUCCUGGCCUGAACAUGGGGUGCCCUAUCACGCCACUGGAUUGUUGGCUUUUAUACGAAGGGUUAAAGCUUCUACGCCACCGGAUGCUGGCCCUGUUGUGGUUCACUGCAGUGCGGGGGCAGGUCGCACCGGCUGCUACAUUGUGCUGGAUGUCAUGUUGGACAUGGCCGAGUGUGAGGGCGUGGUGGAUAUCUACAACUGCGUCAAAACCCUCUGCUCUCGACGUAUCAACAUGAUUCAAACUGAGGAGCAGUAUAUCUUUAUCCAUGAUGCUAUUCUAGAGGCGUGUCUGUGUGGAGAGACGGCCAUCCUGGUGAAUGAGUUUGCUGUCACUUACAAAGAGAUGCUGCGAGUGGAUUCUCAGAGUAAUUCCUCGCAGCUUCGAGAGGAGUUUCAGACGCUGAACUCUGUGACUCCCCACCUGGAUGUGGAGGAGUGCAGCAUUGCUCUCUUACCCAGAAACCGAGAGAAGAACCGCAGCAUGGAUGUCCUCCCGCCUGAUCGCGCCCUUGCGUUCCUGGUCACGACAGAAGGGGAAAGUAACAAUUACAUCAAUGCUGCUCUCGCUGACAGCUUCCACCGGCAGGCUGCUUUCAUUGUGACCCCUCACCCUCUGCCGGGCACCACGGCCGAUUUUUGGCGGCUGGUUUUUGACUACGGCUGCACGGCAGUGGUCAUGCUCAACCAGCUAAAUCAGUCAAACUCUGCCUGGCCAUGUGUCCAGUACUGGCCGGAGCCUGGUUUACAGCAGUACGGGCCGAUGGAAGUGGAGUUCCUGUCUAUGUCAGCGGACGAGGACGUUAUAACUCGUCUAUUUCGAGUCAAGAACGUCACGAGGCUCCAAGAGGGCCAGCUGGUGAUGUGUCAGUUCCAGUUUCUGCGCUGGUCGGCAUAUCGCGACGUUCCAGACUCCAAGAAGGCUUUCCUCAACCUGCUGGCUCAAGUGCACAAGUGGCAAAGGGAGUGUGGAGAAGGACGCACAGUUGUGCACUGCCUCAAUGGUGGCGGCCGUAGCGGGACCUUCUGUGCCUGCAACAUCCUCAUCGAGAUGAUCCAGUAUCAGAACAUGGUAGACGUAUUCUAUGCUGUCAAAACUCUACGCAACUGCAAACCCAACAUGGUCGAGUCUCUGGACCAGUAUCGAUUUUGCUAUGACCUUGUCCUGGAGUACUUGGACUGCUUUGAAGGCAGAUAGCAACUAAACGUUUACGACAGCAGCAAAUUCCCACGCGCUGGAGACAGAGGUCACCCGGUGACCCCCCCUCUACUUUAAUGUUUGGACCUGUGAAGUUGGCUUUGAAAGGACUGUAGAGGAAGAAGAGGAAAGAAAAAAAACAUGGUCAAGGUUCUGACUUUUAACCUUUAAUGUACAGCUGUGAUUUCCUCCUUGUUGGUGAUGUUUAUCUCUUUUGAUAUUUUUUUUUUGUGCUUUUCUCGGUCCUAUUUGCCUCUUGGACUACAUCUUGUAUGUGCUAAGGGUUUCUGUAGCAGCAAAACAAUAUUUGGAGCUACAAAGUGGACCUGUCUCUUCUAAACAAGGGUCACCUUGGCUGUGUUUCAUCAUUUCAUUCGUACAAACCGAAGAGGCUGGAUCUAAUUCUGGAGUUACAGCAGCAUUAUUUAAACGUGGAAGAGCUACAUAAAAUAACGGUCCACUGUGCUCGUGGCAUGACUUAUCUACCAUACCAUAAACUGCCUUAUUCUCUAAUGAUAGGACAGAUUUAUUGAAACCACCAAAUAAAUCGAAAAGGUUUUCCACCUGAGGUAGAAAACAACAAGAGAUUUUAAGAGACCUACAUUGUAAAGCAGACCAGCCCAGUAUUCAACAGUAUUGAUGCAGAAACUGUACAGUAGUGCAAUGUGUUGUAUUUUGCCAUAAUGUUUGUGCUGGAUUACCAUGUGUGCUACAGGUGGGCGUUACUGGCAGUGAGCCUGGUGCCACCGAGGGAGAUUCCUGUCUCGUUACUGUCACGGUGCCAAUCCCACUGACUGACUUGAAUCCUUUACUUUGUUCUACUGCUUCAUCUUGAUAUAUGCCUACAAACAAACACUAUGUACUGCAUCAGCUAAUGUUCUUGCUCCGAAGUGAUUGUUUGUACUUUAUGCUCACCGGGGACAGCAAAAGGAGAGGAGGGGAAAGCUGUUUGAAACGCAUCGAGAUGCCACAGUGUUGGUGUGAAAAAUGAUGCGCCGUUGUGUCUGAACUGGUGCGGUCACACAGGUCUCAGUCUGCACCUCUUCUACUCAUUCGUUGUCCAAGACAUUUGGUUGUGCUGUAAAAAAAAAAAAAAAAAAAGUCAAAGAAAAGCUAAGCCUGUUUGAAUUUGUCCUAAACCUUUCAGGUAAGAGGGGGGCUCAUUUACACUUGAAGCCAGUUGUUGUUCCUGUUGGUGUAAAAUAAACAGAUUAAAAAGAAAACAGGGGGUAGGGGGCACUAAGAUUGAGUAGAUGGCGGGAAUGCUAUUUUGGGUCACUGCUCAUUGCCGGACAUAUUUUUUUAUGCAGAAAUGUGAUUUUAAAAAAGGAGUAAAAGUAAGAAGCUGUUGGCCACAUACCCUGCUGCUGACUUACCGCAGAGUUGAUGGAUAAACAAAAUCCACUCUUUUUCAGCUGUUGGCCAGAGCCUGGAGAGCACUGGAACUCUUUAUGCCUGAAUCAAUGUAAGAAGCAGUCAGGUUGGGAUGUGUGAUACACAUAAUGAUCAGAGACAACUUUGAAACAUGCUCUUGCAAAGACCCCAUUACACAAAGGAAGAGAUUUUGUUUUCUGUUUUUUUUUUUUUUUAUCGCUUUUGCUUUAUAGCCACAAAAAUAUCUCUAAUAAGCUCCAUUAUUAGCCUUUUAAAAUAUGUUAUACGCCAACACAUCUCCCGAGACUCCUUUAAGUAGAGGUUUUCAGGGAGGGUGGUAAAGGUAUCACUACAGGACCUACCCUAAUGAACAAGGAGAGACAGCUUGAAGCCUGCAGAAGCUGAGAAAGGCAACCCUGCUGCUAGUUUGCAGCUCACACUCUGGUUCAGGUGGGAUAACCAGAAUAUGUGAGCAAUCUAACAGUAUACAAACAUCACCAGACUCCCACAGAUUCUCAAAUAGAGCAGCUCGUUUGUGAUGAGGAGGAAGAAUGAGGUAGCUACAUUGUAGUCAGUGAUCUGGCAAAAGAUUGCUGAAGGAAGUGCCUGGACACUUUUUUUUUGUUAAGGGUGGAAGGAAUAUGUAUAUACAGAUGUAUAUUAUGUUAUGUGAAUAAUAUAUUAUAUGUUUGCCCAGAGUAAAGACGUAUAGUAAGUAACCACAACAUAACCAUAAAGCUGAAUGUUGCUGUAAAUGA